CAGGGGUAUACAACCAGAAUAACAUUGAGGCCUAAGGAGCUAAGUUCUGCUCAGCAGUGCUGACGUGGCUAGAAAGCCGCUUUAUAGCCGCAUAUUGCUUAGUCAUCCGUAAUCCAGCUGGCUUAGCUGGCCCUGAGCCUUGCUGGCACAAUCGGCCCUGACAGAUUGUCCCCCCUUAUCAGGCCUUGUCCUCAAGGCCUUUGAGGCUUCCGAGCUUUCGUUGCUUCCAGGCUUCCGUUGCUCCCAAGCUUCCGUUGCUCCCAAGCUUCCGUUGCUUCCAGGCUUUCGCUGCUUCCUAGCUGCUCCUACGCCUUCUCAAUGCUUCAGGCUCUUAAGAUCUCUCAGUGCUUCAGGCUUCUCAAAGCUUCUCAAGAUCCCUCAGUGCCUCAGGUUUCUCAAAGCCUCUCAAGAUCUCUCAGUGCCUCAGGCUUCUCAAGGCCUCUCAAGGUCUCUCAGUGCCUCAGGCUUCUCAAGGCCUCUCAAGAUCUCUCAGUGCCUCAGGUUCCUCAAGGCCUCUCAAGAUCUCUCAGUGCUUCAGGUUUCUCAAAGCCUCUCAAGAUCUCUCAGUGCUUCAGGCCUCUCAAGGCCUCUCAAGGUCUCUCAGUGCCUCAGGCCUCUCAAGGCCUCUCAAGGUCUCUCAGUGCCUCAGGCCUCUCAGCCUCUCAAGAUCUCUCAGUGCCUCAGGCUUCUCAGGCCUCUCAAGAUCUCUCAGUGCUUCAGGUUUCUCAAAGCCUCUCAAGAUCUCUCAGUGCUUCAGGCCUCUCAAGGCCUCUCCACCAUCUCCCUCCUUCUCUUCUGGCUUCGUCCCCGAAGCCUGUGAAAAAAAAAUCUCUUUUUAAUCACAUUCCAAACGUAAGUCUUCCGAGUGCAAUACCCGCGCCAUAUACGCUGCUCAGUCGCUGCUCCCUCAGCGCUUUAUCCAGGCACUCUUCAGAACUUAAAGCUGUUUGAUGUAGGUUGCAAGCCUUCCACCAGGGACUUGGUUUGCAGCCAAGGAGCCCAGCAUCCAGAACAGCGUCCCUGCAGCUAUAACGGAUAAUUAUAGCUUUCCGUCUUGAGAGUUGCUCUCUAGCAACUCUGAAGCCGUUGCCACGCUUCGCUCCACCGCUAGGCGCAGAAGGGUAAUUGGUUCGCAACUUAAUACCCAAGCAACUUCAGUUGCCAAGCGAACACUCCGCUUCAGCUCUGCGCUCUCGCUCGAAUAGCGAAGAG